GUCUGAUCUUCGUCAAGUUGAUGCUUGGUGCAAAGUGACGCGUGCUCCGCCUUCACAACGUGCAUUGUUGUUGUACCAGAACCUUACUGGUCGAGCUUGGGUUGAAGCAGAAGAGCUCAGCAUGGAUGCUUUAGCCAAUGAGGAUGGUGUUGAGGUUUUCCGUCGUUGGGUUCAAGAGAGAUACCAAGAAGUCGAGGCCAGUAAGAUCGCUGAGGCUCUCAUCCAUUUCUUUAAGAGACUUCGUCGUGAAGCUGGUCGAAGCAUUCGUGAGUUCAACUCAGCUUUCGAUCGCACCCAUACCAGGCUCUUGGAGAUGGAUUGUCGACUUCCUGAAGUUGCUAAAGCCUGGGCCUAUCUUAGAAAUCUUGGUCUGUCGAACUCUGAGGAGUUGGCUUUGUUAGCUUCGGUAGGGAACGCCUAUGACAUCAACAAACUUCAACGUGCUGCUGUUCUUCAUGAAAAAGCCAUUCUAACUCCCAGGCAUGCUCGCAAAGGGAACUUCCAAGAAGGUAAAGGGGGCAAGCCCAAGGGAGCCUUCCUCACUGAAAUCGGCGAAGAAGAGGUGCUGGAGGCCCAAUCACAAGCAGAGAGCGAAACCUUGCUAGAGGAACACGAGCGGCUCAGCUUCAUGAAGCUUUCGUUGCGGCGGAGUCAGCUAAAUCUCGAUAUCGUGAACUGGCUAAAGCUAGAGGGGAUGCCGCAGGCCCCCGGCCAUUGGCAUAAGGAUGCUGAGUGCCCUUUGAAUCAGGGACGUGCUCAGACUCAGGGUAGUGAAAAGUCAGCUACCUCAUCAUCAACCACCGGAGCAAACACCGGUCAGCCCUCCAAAGAAGCUGACGUUGUCCGGGCUGCCUAUGAAUUAGGAUACUUGGGAACUGGCCUGGUUGCAAUCACGGACACGGCUUGUUCCAAAUCAGUUGCUGGCUACGGCUGGUUGCAGCAUUACAUGAAGGUAGCUAAGGAAGCAGGGGUCCCCAUGCAGCUCAUUGACACCCAGGAUGAUUUCAGGUUUGGGGCAAGCCGCCUGUUUCGAGCUACAUACACAGCUACGAUCCUGAUUCCUCUUGGUGAUCAUGUUUGUCUUGUUCGAGCUCCCAUCGUACACGGAGAAGUUCCUCUGCUUCUAUCACGUAAAGCUUUGAGCACUCUUGGGAUGUUCUACGAUGUUGAAGGGCACAAGGCUGACUUCCGUCGCAUCGGCUUGUAUGACUUCCCCUUGCUGACCACUGAGAACGGACUUUCAGCGCCAACCAUCAAGGAGGUCACAAAGGAUGCGUCCGACAUCGGUGUCUUCAAGACUAUUUUCUAUCCCAAGAAGCUCUCGCCUGUUGUCUUCAACAUGUUGAGCGCCGAGUCUUUGAAUUCAGAUGUGUUCAUGAGUUGGUGGUCCAGCACUGAUGUUUCAAAAGAUUUCUGGAUUGAGACCGAUUCAUCUUUCAUUCGCAUUCACAUUAAGCCUCGGAAGCAUUUCUUCUACCCUGACAUGUGGGAUACUCCUCAGCUUGAUGUCCGGGAUCUCCUUCUUGAGCAUAUUGGGGAAGUUCGCACUACCGAGAGUGUUGCUUGCCACACUUUGCUCAGCAUCGAAAGAAAGCACGACUUCUGGCAGCAGGUCUCUUCAGAGUACCUUGCUAGGGAACUUCUUCGCAACAAGGACUUUUCUUUCCUCAGCGCAGAGAAAUCUUACGAGAUGUGUGCGGUGCAGCCAAAGCAGCAAGGAAGCGACAGAUUACUGGAGAUGGCUCUGGAUGGCUCUGCAUCUAUAUCUUUGGGUGGGUGUGCGCGUGGCACCUUCUAUGGGAACAGUAAGAAGUCGCACGAGAACGCCCAUGUCCUUAAGUAUGUCAAUGCUUUCAUGAAGCACCACGGGGCUAAGGGUUCAGGGAGCGCUGUCGCGCUCAGUCAUAAUUCUAAGCCGCUUGUACAUCGUGAUCAACACAACGAGAAGUCCAGUGUCAACCACACCAUUACUUUUGGAGCUUUCAGCGGUGGUCGGCUUUGGCUUGAGAGCCCUUCCUGUGCCCAGGUGCAUAGCCAUGGAUCUGAUUUCUCCAAGUCGUCGAGGAAGCGGAAAGGGGCCCAUCGAGCCAGCGCCUUGCUGACUCUUGGCCUAACAGUUGCCUCCACCUACAUGAGUGAGUUCAUGCCCAAAGGGUCUCCAGUUGACCAGCCUGUCGUAUUGGAGGUAGGCGACACUGAGAUGACCUGUCGGAUGGCUGAAUAUGGCGACUACGUGAUAAUUCAUGUGCUUUGGGUGCAAGGUAAUGGUCAAGUUUGCGAGGGUAUCGACCGCCUUCUUGCAGCAGCGACCAGACAGAUCCAGCAGGGUGGGGUUUUUGUCACGCGUGAGCAUCGUACUGAGAGACGCAAUCAGAUGGCAGCCGACAACAAGCUCCUAAUGAAGCGCAAGAUGCUCCUCAAGACGCUCCCGAGCCUCUUGGACGUGGUCUUCAGGGUAUGUUCUCGCAGCCGUGGCCCAGCACCUCCUCGACCAGCAUCCUUGCCUACGCUCCUAGACUUUAAUCAGCUGGUCAGUGUUGAUGUGUUUUCGUCCUUUGACUGCAAUCGAGUGAAGCAUGAGUUCAUCUCCAUCAUCGAUCACGCUACCACACUUCAUCUGGCCCACUGGCAACAGGGGGUCAUAGAAAGAGACCAGCUGUGGUAUCAAGAGAUACUGCGCCGUGUUGUCGAUGAGAGGUCCAUAGAUGAGACUGACACGCACAUGGCCGUCCAGGCGGUCAAUUCGGCCUUCGUCGCCGCCACGGUUUUCGCCGAGUCAGGACCGUCGGAGUCACAGGGAGGUCGCAAUCCGCACCGCCGCCCGCAUGGCAUUUUUCGUACUCAGCUUGAUGGCAAGUUGCGGCGGGCACUCAUUCAGAGAGCACGGGUCAAACGGGGCGGGCAUUCUGUCGGAGAGCUUGUCUGCUUUUUCCGUGUUGACAAGGCCGGAACAAAGUCCAACACCAAGCGUGGACGAUGGAAACGGCCCGGGACUAUCAUAGGUGCUGAAGGUGGUAACUGGUGGGUUUCACACGCUGGUCGGUGCCAUUUGGUUGCAGAAGAGCAUCUCAGACCCAGUACUGCAGAAGAAAUAGGAGACCUUCUGUCCACCAGACUUGCGCGUGAUGACCUCGAACGCCUCCUCAAUCUUGACCCUGCUGACCCCGCAACCUUUCAGGAGCAUGGAGAAGACCCGGUCGUCGGAGAUGCCGACUAUGGUGGGGAAGAAAUGGCCGAUGACGAGGACAUGGACUUUCAGUUUGAGUUUGCUCCAGGGGACCUUGAUGUUGAUGAGCCCGAGGCCCCCAGUGGUUCCAGUCUGCCUAGACCCUCACCUUCGAAUCAUCCGCCUCCAUCUAAGAGACAGCGCCAUAAGGGUCCAGGGGUUCAGUCCGCCAACAUGCUGAAGAAAUGCCACACGACAAGGUGCCCAGAAAAGCAGUAUGAGAAGGAAGUGCCGUGGUCAAUGAUACCGCCCGAGCAGCAUGCAGCAUUCAGAGAGGCUGAGAAGAAGCAGUACUUUGAGCACAUUGAUCAUCAAGCCCUCUCUCCCUUGACAAUCGAGGAAAGUGCUGCUGUGCGCGAUCGAGUUGAUCUCAGCAGAAUUUUGGGAUCUCGUUUUGCGUAUAAAGAUAAACAUUGGAGUCGUCGGACAUCCACUCACGGAUGGGAGGCCAGCGCCGGUGAUAUUACGGGGAUCUUUGGUCUCCCGGACUCGCCACGGAAGUGGUGGCGAAAACUUCGGAAGGACACGCUAGAGUUGCGCAUAGACCUUGAAGGAGUCUUGCAUCACUUCGUUCAGAAUCCUCUAGACCCAUGUCUGUUUCAGUUGGUUCCCGUGGACACUCCUCAGCAUGAGCCAGUCGCCUAUGUAGGCGUCCAUGUAGACGACCUUCUUGUGGCCGGCUCAAAGGGGACAAGCCAGAGAGUCAGGGAUGCACUGUCGAGCAUAUUUCCUGUGGACGGGUGGGAAACUGAUGACUUCGAGUACAUAGGUAGACAUGUUACUGUCAACGAAACUGGGGUGCAUGUGAGUCAGCAAGCCUAUGCCGCCUCUCACCUCUUUCAAGUAGACAUCGCCCCCGGGCAGAAUGACAUGGACCUGGCGUCCGAGGAGCAGAAGAUUGAUAACCAAUCCUUGAUAGGGGCGCUUUCUUGGUUGGGUAGUCAGUCAAGGCCAGACUUGCAGUGCUCUGUUUCGCUUGCGCAGCAGCUUCAGAAGUCACCAACGGUUGGGGAUGUUCGCUUCACCAAUCAGACAGCUCGCCGCGCAUGGGACCAUCGUGACAAAGGAGGGUUCCGCUUGUCCUAUGAGGACCGCGAGAACGGCAUGAUGCACGACACUCCCUACGACACUAAGGAGCGCAAGGCCAAGCGCGCCAACUCCAAGGUCACCAGUCAGUAUGGCAUCAUGAUCCUCCUUGUCGAUGGCAGCACGUUCGCUUCAGGAGGCG